UGUAAGAACAGAUAAAAUGACGUAUAUUGUAGUGAAAAUGAAUGAUUGGGAAAUAUUAUGACUAAUUUUAAUCUCAAAUAAAGUUGAGACAUUCGUAGUACACACUCUUCCUAAUAGCAAAUAAAUAUUAUGGUUGUUCAAAAAUUGUUUUUUGUGUUCAUUAGUUUGAAACUAAUACCAUUAGGUGAGCUUAGACAAAUAUCUCGAAAUGUAACUGAAACACUAUCAGAUCCUUCGAAUUUUUGUCCCACUAUCUUCUAUAAUAACAAUCGAUCCUGUAAUUUCAGAAAUAGUUGGAUCGAUGAAAACCUUUGGAGGUUUUAUGUAAACGAAGCUUGUUAUCGCUAUGCGAAUCCCAUAAGAUUCUCGAAAAAAUUACCCAGCAAAAUUUCACAUUUCCAAUGUGAAAAUACCACGUAUCAUCUACCGGUCUUAUUGAAUGAAAAGGGGUUUUCGAUUAUCGUGGACUAUACAAAUGCAACUUCACUGAAUCUCAUCAGAAAAACUUUCAAGAACGAAGAAUUCUUUCAUCUUUGGUUUGAUUGUUGCUUACAAGCUGAACGAUGUUGUCAAGAUGGGAAAGAUAUAGGAGAAGUGGGCGAUUGUCCGAAAACUUGGGAUGGUUGGAGCUGUUUUCCAGCAACCAAACCUUUUACACUUCAGAAGAUCACGUGCUCCAAUCAAGCUUACAGCUCUAAACCACCCGAAUGUGUAUUAGAAAGCCAGAAACAAUGCUUCGCCAACGGUGUUUGGAAUGUUACAACGGAUUACUCCACAUGUGCCAUCGCUCAGAUCUACAGAAAAAGACUGUUUUUCCGAAGCAGAAUCCUUUACAUCUCCAUUUUCAUAUGCCUGCCGGCAGUGCUGAUUUUCCUCUGUUCGAAAAAACUGAACCGCAUCACCAGAAUGGUUCUGCACAGAAACCUAUUGGUUGUGAUCGUCUUUCGUUACAUCCUAACAGUUUUAGCUGAAGAACUUGUUCUUAUACCUUCAAUAGACGCUGACAGGGAGUCCGUCCUAAGCGAGAAUGGUGUUGGCUGCAGAAUUCUGAGUUUGGCGGAAUCGCUGACGCUCAACGCAAUGUACUCUUGCAUGUUAGCGGAUGGUUACUAUUUACACCAUCUUAUCGUUCGGAAUUUCUCGAAGGAAAUGGAUAUACGAAUUCUGUACAUUAUUGUUACAGUCUUGUCCUUUUUACCUUCUUCCAUAUGGGCAAUAUCCAAAUGGAUGAGAAAUUCAUCUUACUGCUGGAUGGUGGAUGAGAAUGGAGAUCAAUGGAUAGGUGAUGGUUUCAGAUUGUCCAUUCUUCUCAUAAACGUUCUUUUUCUCUUUGAUAUAAUCAGGAACAUCGUGAAUAAAUUGAAACAUGGGUCAUCGUCACAAAAUUCUAAGACUACGCUGAAAGCAACUUUUUUCCUGGUAUUUCUCUUUGGCAUUCCAAUUCUAUUGUUCGCCGAUACAUCAAUAAUAGCACAUGCCACGUGUUCCAAUUACCUUGUUUUCAAAUAUGCUAGUUACAUUAACGAGGGUCUACAAGGAGUGAUGGUUGCAAUUUUAUUCUGUUAUACAAACAAUGAGGUUCAACACGAGGUUACCACCUUCUUGAGAGAAAUGAGAUUGAUCAAGGAAAAUAACACACAUCACAAGUACUACAAAAAAGCUCGAACAAUAACCUAUACAAGUCAGAAAACUGAGCAAGGCGAUAUUAAUUUCGAAAAUGAAAUUUUGUGAAUAGUAAUUUUAUUAGAAAAUAACGAUAUAUUUCAUCCAGAGUAAACUGUGAUAUUUGACAAGCAAGAAGCAAGGGCUGAUCUAGGAAAGAGGAGUGGCAUGAUCCCACCCUAGUAGAAUUCUGUAAUUUUCAUCGACUUAUACAAAUAAAUACUAAUUCACGAAUUACACAUCUGAUCCCCCAAACUCAAAACCUGGAUCUACUAUUGAUGACAAGGUCAACUAUGACCAACAAUACAAAAAUAAAAUUUUGUUUUUUGUAA